GAAGAUCAUAACACGAUGGCGUUCUCUUCACUCUGCCUCAUGCUCUCUCUUUGCUCUGCAGCCAAACUGACUGUGACUCCUGACCAAUCCCAGUUCUUCCAGUAUGACAGUAUCACUCUUACCUGUGUGACAAACUCCAGUGGCUGGAAAGUGAUGAGGAAGAUAAAGAACAAAGUUGCUCAGGAAUGUGAGCGUAGCUGGGGAAUCCCCACAGAAUCCGCCUGCAACGUUAAAUAUGCUUUAGCAGCUGACAUCGGCGAAUACUGGUGUGAAUCUGAGAGAGGAGAAACAAGCAACAAAAUCAACCUCACUGUAUCAGCUAAAAGUGUGAUCCUUGACAGCCCUUCACAUCCUGUUGUUGAGGGAGAAACUGUGACACUUGGUUGUUCCUACAAGAAAAACAAAAAAGAUCUCACAUCCACCUCAGACUUUGAAGCUGCGUUCUACAGAAAUGAUGUCUUCAUUGAGAAAAACAAACCAGGGAAAAUGAUCAUUAAAGCAGAGGAAGGUUUCUACAAGUGUAUCCAUCCUUCUAAUGUAGAAUCACCAAAGAGCUGGCUGGCAGUGAAAGCUAGAGCAGACGUUUCUCCUCCUCCUUCUUUUCCUCUUCCUCCUUCUGAACCUGGUGUUCCUUGGACCAGAGUGAUUUGUGGCAUCGCGCUCUUCAUCCUCUACAACAUCAUACUAAUCUUGUGUAUAUAUACAUACCGUAAGUGGGCUAGAGCCAAGACUGAUAUGAAAAGGAGAACUGCUGAUCAUGUUUUGGUGAACUGAAGACAAUGAAGACAAAACAAUUUAUCAUCUGUAUGUUGAAGCAAAAAGAAAAAUAAGAUGAACAAUAUUAAAAGUAUAGAGGAAUGUGAUUUAUUCUCCCAUUCAAAACAGAUUAUUAUAAUAUUUUCAUUUUGAUCUCAUAGAGUUUAGAUAAUGGGAAUCUUUAAACAGCUUGUUAGUUAAAAAGCAGAAACUUUGGAACAUUUAACAUCUUUAAUGAUCUUUACAUGAGCAAAAGAGUUUAUCUUCAAAUGUGAAUUUAAAACAUUUUAUCUUCAGAAAUGAAUUUAAUAGUUAUUCAUGUCAUUCUGACUCAUUAAGUUAUUCUGAAAUGUAAAAGCAAAUAUUUUAAGGUCCACAACUGUAUAUGUGGAAAUAUUACAGAAGAAAAUUCAAACUAUAUUUUACAUAUAAAAUAUUCUAUAUUCUAGAUAUAUUAGUCUAGAUGUUUUGUUCUGUUUCUAUGUUGUGCAGAUUAUCGUGUUGCAGCUUAAUGAAGUUUCAAGAGCAGCGAAUGAAUGAAUAUUUCAAACAAACAAUUUCAAACUGAUUUGAUCAAGAACAAAAUAUCUAUAAUCAUUAUUACAUCUGUUAAAAUCAUGUGUGUAGAAAUCAUUUAUUUUCUUUUGAUACAUAAAGUCCAGCUGUAGAAUAAGCUUAUGGUUGAUUUAGUAUUUGUAAGAGCAAUAAUCUCAUUAUACUCUGCUUCUUAUGAAGGAACUGACGUAAUAAACUGAUAGGAGCUUUUAAAUGUAAACUGUAGUAAAGUGUAGUAAAGUGUAGCUCUUCCCCUUGUCACUUUCUUCAUUGACAAAUUUUUCUCUUUGUUAAAUAACAUAACAGCUUUUAUAGAGUCUCCAGUCAGUUAUCAGAUGUUGUGUUUAUAUUUCUCUAGAUGCAGUUAGAAAACAUUGUUACUUGGACUAAAGACUCAAGCAGCUACUUAAUUUGCUUUUGCCUCAGGCCGGCUCAGCAUCCUUUUGCACUUAUAUUUUUACAGUAUUAAUAGAUUGUUUUGUAAUUUGUUUUAAAUGUUUUUAUUUUUUGCUGAACUAAAAUGUAAAAAAAUAAAUAAAAUAAAAUUACGGUUUCUGAAUCUUA